AUGAGCGAACAAGACCAGCAUUUCUUGAACCUUGCAAUUGAGGAGGCCAAAAAGGGCGUAUCAGAGGGUGGAAUCCCGAUUGGAGCCGUCCUUGUCAGCAAAGACGGCAAAGUGCUGGGCUCCGGACACAACAAGCGAGUCCAGCAGGGGUCGACCGUUCUCCACGGCGAGAUGGAUGCCCUUGAGAAUGCCGGCAGACUGCCUGGGUCUGCGUACAAGGGUGCUACGAUGUACACGACAUUGAGCCCUUGCGACAUGUGCAGCGGCGCUUGCUUGCUUUACGGUGUUUCCCGGGUCGUGUUGGGCGAAAACGAGACCUUCCAGGGCAACGAGCAGUACCUGCAAUCCCGCGGAGUCGAGGUGGUCAAUCUCAACAGUGCCGACUGCAAGAAGCUCAUGGCUGAUUUCAUUGCCGAGAAGCCCCAGCUCUGGAAUGAAGAUAUCGGUAUUUAA